UCGGCACCAGUUCAGUUCAGCAGUUUGUUUGCAACAUAUCUUAACAUCCACACAACAUGGACACUCGGGCCAGUCUAACGACGAAAACCAAAUCCAGACGUUCUCGUUCAUCACGUGCGGAACUCCGCUUCCCGGUGGGUCGCAUUCACCGACUGCUGAAGAAAGGAAACUACGCCAAUCGGAUUGGAGCCGGUGCGUCCGUGUACCUGACGGCCGUGAUGGAGUACAUAGCAACGGAAAUCCUGGAGCUGGCGGGAAAUAAUGCACGCGAUGCGCGAAAGGUUCGGAUUAUUCCGCGCCAUCUGAUGAUGGCCAUCGAGUUUGAUGCCGAACUGCGACAGGUGCUGGGCCAUGGAACUAUUCCACAGGCUGGUAUUAUUCCUCAGAUGUACGUUCUGCCGCCCGGUAUGUCUCCCUGGCCGUGAGCAUUGCGGUCGAAAUGGCGAAGUGAAAAAAGUGACCGCUGACGCGAGAGCUAAAAUGUGUGUAUGUGGAAUAAAUUAGUGGUUGUUUUGUUGAAUGAUGAAAAUGUUUGAAUUGUUUAGACUUAAGUGUUAGAGUUAUGUUGUAAAGUAUUUAUGAAGAAAUAUCCUCGAAUAAAAACUGACGUUAUAAAAUUGAAAAA